GAGUACACGGAUUCGAGCCCGCUACUCCCCUCUCCUUCCGUCCUCGGCCCUCCGACGAGGCGACGACCCCUUGUUGAACCCACCUUCGUCUUCCCCUUCCUUGCCGGCGGCGACCUCCUCUCCCCGCCACAGACCCAGCCUAGCAGCCACCACUCCCCAGGGCUUCAGGCCAACGCAGCAAGGUGGCGGACGGGAGGAUGAUGGGAAGCAACAGCGGCGGCGGCGGCGGAGGAGGAGGCGGGAUGACUCCGGGCAUGGGCUCGCCCAGGGCCGGCGGGAGCGACGGGCGGCACGACGACGAGGCCGUACUCACCGAGUUCCUCUCCUCCCUCAUGGACUACUCCCCCACGAUUCCGGACGAGCUGGUGGAGCACUACCUCGGCCGCAGCGGGUUCCACUGCCCCGAUGUACGCCUAACAAGGCUGGUUGCUGUAGCUACUCAAAAAUUCAUUUCAGACGUUGCAAGUGACUCUCUUCAGCACUGCAAAGCCAGGGUUGCAGCACCUAUCAAAGAUAACAAAAGCAAACAACCCAAGGAUAGACGUCUUGUGUUGACAAUGGAUGAUCUUUCUAAAGCCUUGCGUGAGCAUGGUGUUAACCUGAAACACCCAGAAUACUUUGCGGACAGCCCAUCAGCAGGGAUGGCCCCUUCAACAAGAGAGGAGCAGAAUUGAUGGCUUCCUCAACAAUAGAGGGCCAGGAUCAAUUGAUUCUAGCUCAUAACAACUGUAUGCAACGUUGUAGUUACGAAAAGCCUUACAUGCAUGUACUUUAGUAGCUGUUCUUGGUGUAUUGCGGACUAGUAGUAUGUGGUUGCCAACAUUUGUUGCUUCUGUUUCUGUAUACCACUGGUGACUAAUUCUCCCAGUUUUCCUUAUCUUGUAGUGAAUGCGUUCUUGGUGUAUUGCGGACUAGUAGUAUGUGGUUGCCACCAUUUGUUGCUUC